GUUUUCCCACCAAAGGAGGCAACAUUUCAGGAUUGGCUGAUCAUUUCUGAUCUGCCCACGCUGCCACGCAGACUCUCACCGUUCACUGCAGGUUUCCCCUUCUUCAGACAUGCUGUACGGGACUUCCUGCUUGUUUCUUGGCUGUUUGAUUUGGGGCUCAGCUCACGGGGUCCCCCAGACGAACACUCGGCCCGACGUCACAGACCAGGAGCUGUUCUGGGGCUCCGACCAGUACGACUUUGCUAUAGUGCUGCCUGCAGCUGGGCUGGAGUGUUUCUGGCACUUUGCCCACCGUGGAGAGAAAUUUUACCUGAACUUCAUGGUCCAGUGGGUGACAGGAAUGGGCCACGGCAGACAGCUGUCUGUCACCGUCAACGCCCCGAGCGGUCUGCUAGUGUCUGCUGUCGAUGACGCAAAGGCCCAGAUCAGCUUUGAGGCUGCAGAAACAGGUUUCUAUCAGAUGUGCUUCAGUAACUUGCACAACCGCUUUGGCACGAUGCAGAUCUUCCUCAGCUUCGGUGUUUACUAUGACACCUACCAAGACCCCUCCAAGAGUGAGGAGGACGAGGAGAAGAAAAAGGAGGAAGUCAGCAGAGAGCUGAACAACACACUGAGCAUCAUUGAGGCUGCGACCCACAAAGUGGAGAACCACGUCUUCCACAUGUUCCGCUACUACGGCUUCAGCCGGGUGAGAAAGAGCGUCGACUACUUCCUGCUACAGUCCAACUCAAAGUACAUCACCUGGUGGUCGAUGGCCCUCAGCGUCCUCAUUGUCACCUCUGGAUACCUGCAGCUCCUCUUCCUCAAAAGCCUCUUUGUCAGCAGUACAGGCGCAGAGGGCGAGAAGCCCCGAUGCUGACAGACUAAAGCUACGAGAAAAACAAUAAAAAUGUGGGUAUGUGAGGAGGAAGGGCAGGCACACAUGAGCUAAAGCAGUGAUGGUUCUUUCUCCUUGAA